AUGGAUUUCCCCGACAUGCCUUUUGACACACAGAAGUGUGCGAUCGAUAUUCUGUCGUACACAGAGGAUGCUUCCAUGGUUGAGCUUUCCGCCAAAGAUGGCCUCGGAAUCGAGCUCCCAGAAGCAGGCGUAUGGCUCCCCGCGUGGAAGGUCAGUGAAACAGGCCACAGGUUCCAUGUGCAGCAGUACGGCACCGGGGAGAACGCCAUGCAGUGGCACACGCUGAAGCUAGACGUUACCCUCGAACGCUCCUCGGGGUACCACAUCAUGAACGACGUCCUCUACGGUAUCCUGUUUGUGGCAAUGUCUUGGACAGGCUUCUUCGUCGCGCGGACGAACGCGCCCGCGCGAGUUGCGCUGUCCCUUCUGCCCGUGCGAACCAUGCUGAAUCACAUCAGGGACGUGCAGAGCCAGCUCCCGCGUAUCUCCGAGGUGACCUGGCUGAGCGCGUUCCUUCUCGUGAGUCUGAUCUACAACGUCGCUGCGGUUCUUGAGUACGGCCUAGUGUCUUACCUGCUCAGCAAGGAGGACGCGCGCGAGGAGAGGCUUCGCGUCCGCCGCGCGCUCUCGGCGCACCUGGGCGCGGCCUACGGGAAGCAGCUCGCGCAGCGCUCGACGUUCUGCCACUUGCUGACGGCGGCGGCGGAAUCGACCUUGGACCAAAGUUCGCCAUGUAAUGAGUGCGGACCUGGGGGGAGGGAUGUGGCGAUGAGCGUUGCGGUAUCGCUGCCACGCCUGCCCCUGCUGCAGGGAAACUCCUGGGCGCGCGGGGGCUCACUUGCGGACGAGGAGGAGGGGGCCGUGGAUGUGGAGGUGGAGGAGGGCGACCCGCGAAGGAAGGUCUGCAAGAGCCUCUCGGGCCUGCAUGUGUCGAGCCUGCUGCCGACGCAGCAGCGCACGGUGCACGCCGCGAUGAGGCUGUUCGACGACGGCGACGGCAUCGUCAGCAGGGUGGAGAUGCGGAGAGGAUUGCGCCACUUCAUCAUCUACUACACUGCGGAGCAGGUGACAGAGAUCUUCGCCACGAUGGGCGUGGAGGAUGGCCAGGGAAUGCCCAUGUCCACGUUUCUCAAGCACCUGAAGUCUAUGACAGAACCUAGCCCGACGUUGCAGAAGGGGUUCCUUGACAAGCCUCCCUCCAUGCAGUUGGACAUUGCGAUGCGAUACUGA